AUACUUAAAUCGAACGUUGUUCUGUUAAUUAAAAAAAAUUGUUUGAAUACUGUUUUAUUGUUAAAUAUUAUAUCGUUCAGUGGUUUUACAAAGUAAAUACAUUGCUGGCCAUUUCAGGCAAAUAUACUAUUUAAUAUUGACAUUGUUAUAAAUGCCCUGUGAAUAAAAUCAAAACCAAAAAAUUAUCUCGUGUUUAGUGAAAGAUGAAAUUGCAUUGAGUUGUUCAUAUUUUAGAUAAAAAGGUACAAAUAUUUACUGGCCAUUAGGCAUAAUAAAUUUCAAUGAAACGAACCAACCCGCCUUCAAAUAAUUUAUAAAUCGAUUUUUACACUGAGUAAUGUUUAAUAUUGCGCGAGGACAACAUCGCUCGAGCACUUUUAUAUAAGAACUCUUUAAUUGUUGUGCAAUCGGAUAAUGCGUUAAAUUCUCAGGAAACAUACUUAUGUAUGUGCAUAAGUAUAUGCAAAGGCAAUUAAAUAUCUCGCUGAAAAAAUAUAUAUAUAUUUUACAAAGCAGUAUUUUUGGCAAAAACCCGUGGAAAAUGCACGCGUCCAUGGAACACGAUGAAGCAUCAAAAGAUCCAAGAACUGCCGACCAAGACUUCUCGCAGCAUUUUACGGAACACGAUUUUGAAGGACAUCGCAUUCAUACCGUAUACCUUGGAUUACAUAUACCAAGUGGUCGCCGCCAUUUAACAAGGCGGCGUAAAUAUCACAUAUACAAGGAAAAUAACAGCGGUCGGCAAAACCAAAAAGAAAUUCCAGCUACUCCUCCAGCACAAAGAGUCCAAUUUAUUUUAGGGGAGGAUGAUUGCAAUGGCGUUAACGAAAUACAUCCAGUCUUUUCUGAAAUGAUGUUGAAUGAUGAAUUUGAGUGGAAAGAGAUAGCUCGAUGGAUAAAAUUUGAGGAGGAUGUGGAAGAAGGUGGAAAUAGAUGGUCCAAACCACAUGUUGCCACUUUAUUUCUCCACUCAUUAUUUGAAUUGAGGAAUUUAUUACAAAAAGGAUCCAUUAUAUUGGAUAUGGAAGCCACUACCCUAGAAAUCAUAAUUGACUUACUUUGUGACAACUUGGUUAGUAGUGGUACGCUACCAUUAGAUUUUCGUGGCCAAAUUGCAGAACUUUUAUUACGCCGUCAUCGUCAUCAACACGAGUAUAGUAAACAAGAAAAAGGAAUACCAAUCAUUCGUUCACUAGCUGAGAUCAGCCGUAACCAAUCUGCUUCACAAAGAGAACAUAUGAUGAAGAGCCCUAGUAACGCCUGCAUAAAUCCCAACAACAGUUCUAGCGACCUCACCAAUCACAAAAGAAAUACAAACUUCAUGCGAAAAAUUCCACCGGGCGCUGAAGCGAACAACAUUCUUGUAGGUGAAGUGGAUUGUUUGAAAAAGAUAUUGGUAGUAUUUAUUCGUUUGAAAAAAGGAACAUUUUUAGGCGACUUAACUGAAGUUCCUAUACCAUCACGGUUCAUUUUUAUUGCUUUAGGAGGACCAGGAAGCCAAACUAACAUACAGGAAAUCGGACGAGCUGUAGGCACACUUAUGUCUGAUAAAAUAUUCCAUGAAGUCGCAUAUCGCGCAAAAAAAAGUGAGCACUUAAUUGCUGGCAUUGAUGAAUUUCUAGAUGCUGUCACUGUGCUACCACCAGGCGAGUGGGAUCCAGCAAUAAGAAUUGAACCCCCUGCUGAAAUACCUUCACAAGAUAUUCGUAAGCGACCUCUCGAAAUAUCCAAAGAUAUGGAUGAGGAAGAAGAGGAGCAACUUUUACGAUACAAAUCAGGACUAAUUCGUACUGGUCAUCUUUUCGGAGGAUUAAAAAAUGAUUUCAAAAGAAAAGCAGUUUGGUACUAUUCAGAUUUUAAGGAUGGAAUUUCCGUGCAAUGUGUUGCCUCGUGGAUCUUUUUGUACUUUGCUUGUCUUUCGCCAAUUAUUACGUUCGGUGGCCUAUUAUCCCAAGCUACAGGGAAAAAUAUUGCUGCGAUGGAAUCACUAGUUUCAGGAUUCAUUUGCGGCAUAGGAUAUGGACUUUUUUCCGGUCAGCCACUUACAAUUUUAGGAUCUACUGGGCCAGUUUUAGUGUUUGAGACCAUUGUAUAUGAUUUCUGCCUAAACCAGGGUUGGGAUUAUUUAACGUUUCGUUUCUGGAUUGGUUCUUGGAUAGCAGCCAUAUUACUACUUUUAACGGCUAUUGAUGCCAGUGCUUUGGUUUGUUAUAUUACUCGUUUUACGGAAGAAAAUUUCGCUACCCUAAUAGCUUUUAUUUUUAUAUAUAAGGCCAUUGAAAACGUCUGGAUCAUAAAAUCUAACUUCCCAAUAACUAAUCCCAUUUACGAUUGCGUAUGUACACCUCCUGCGAAUAGCAAUCUUACGAUUUGGGAUUAUGUAAAAUAUAAGGAAUCAACUUGUCUGGUCAACAAUGGUACUCUCAUUGGAAUAGAUUGCGCCCGUUCGAGUACUGAAAACAUAUUCCUCAUGUCACUGAUUUUGUUCUUGGGUACAUUUAUUAUAUCAGUGAUAUUAAAAAAUUUCAAAAACGCACCAUAUUUUCCGUCGGUUGUACGACAGUACAUUAGUGACUUCGCUGUGAUCAUUGCAAUAUUAUCUAUGUCUUUUCUGGAUUUCAUAAUGAACAUAGCUACACCAAAACUUGAUGUACCUCAUGAGUUCAAACCUACUUUAAGCUCACGUGGUUGGCUAGUUCCGCUAUUUACGACGAAUAAUCCAUGGUGGACGUCAGUCAUAGCAAUCUUUCCAGCGAUGUUGGGUACUAUUUUAAUUUUCAUGGAUCAGCAAAUUACUUCCGUAAUUAUAAACCGCAAAGAAAAUAAGCUCAAAAAGGGUUGUGGUUAUCAUUUGGAUUUGUUCAUACUUUCAAUUCUCAUACAGAUAUGCAGUUUUAUGGGAUUGCCAUGGUUUGUUGCGGCCACUGUUCUCAGCAUAAAUCACGUUAAUUCAUUAAAACUGGAAUCGGAAUGCUCAGCGCCUGGAGAAAAACCUCAAUUUUUAGGCGUCCGAGAACAGCGCGUAACACACGUGCUAAUAUUUUUAACAAUAGGACUUUCAGUAACUUUAACGCCAUUACUUUGCCACAUACCUAUGCCUGUAUUGUAUGGUGUAUUUCUUUAUAUGGGAAUAGCAUCCUUGUCAGGCUUGCAGUUUUUUGAUCGAAUCCUAAUUAUGUUUAUGCCGUUGAAAUACCAACCGGAUUUCAUGUUUCUUCGAAAGGUUCCUAUUAAAAGGGUCCAUCUGUUCACGGCCAUACAGUUAGCUUGCCUCAUCAUAUUAUGGGUCAUAAAAUCUUUCUCCCAGACAUCCAUCUUAUUUCCAUUAAUGCUUGUGGUUAUGAUUGGAAUACGAAAGGCUUUGGAUAUGGUUUUUACACGCAGAGAAUUAAAGAUUUUGGAUGAUCUUAUGCCUGAAAUUAAAAAAUCCCCUGGAGCUGAUGAUUCCAAUGACGGGGAAGCUGAGAUGGGAUACUUGAGUAAACUAAAGAGGUGCUGCUUAGGGGAAUCACCCGCUUCGAAGAAUCCAAAAAGUCGACUCAGCUUAGAGCGUGCCAAUGUACCAAACCUAACCUACACCUGCCUUAUUCAUACCAAUACCAAUCAGGACAUGAACAAAUCUCAAAUUCAUCUUUUAAAUAAUUAUGACGAGCUGAAACCUUACGGAACUUCGCAAGUAGGAAAUAACCAUCCGGACAUUUACUGCCACCAGAAUAAUAGCACCAUUGUAAACGAUCAGUUUAUUGUUCCAGUAUCUGCCAAAGUAAGACAUAUUAAUCGCAAUGCAAAAAAGAAACACAUACUACGAAUGGACAAUUUUACUGCUGACUUAAUUAUUGAAAGUCAUUUAGGCUCAAUUAUAUAAAGAAGUUCGCAAACACCCGUCCUGCCUUGUUGCCCUUAAUUCUUUGUAUAGAUUUAUUCGCUUUAUAUAAGGGCAUAAUUUAAAUUGUUACGCAUUCAAUUUAUGUCUGUGGGUUAAUGUAGAGAAAAUUAAAAAUCAAAGAGAUAAGCUGUUUUAUGUUGAGAUCAUCUUUCAAUAAAACAAAGAUUUGAAGAAAGCAAAUCACUUCUAUAUUAAAGCGAUAAAA